AUGGCGGAUGCUUAUACAAGAAUAACAGAUAUUUCUGGACAACCUGACCAUCUUGAGGUCCAGGGUAUGGCAAUAAAUAUUUAUAAAUCCAUCAGAGAGAACCCUCUGCAAAUCAUCCCUUUCUGUAUGAUGUGCAAUGCUUUGGAGAUCAAGGAUCCAUUCCAAGUCUAUGAGGACAUCAAACGUGAAGGACUCAAAGUUGACAAAGAUGAUGUCAACAUCAUCUUCACCUCGGUCAUUGGAUGUGUUCCAGGUGUUGGACCAUUGCUCCAAGGUGUGUUUGCAUUGUUUUGGAAACGUGCAUCACCAUCAGACUCGGUGUCCAAGGCUGAGUUGGACAAGAAGAUGGAGGAGUUGAAGAAGGAGAUGAUCGGAAUCAUUGAUUCAAAGAUCAAGGACAGUGAGAUCAGAAUGUGGACUGAUAUCUGUCAGACUGUUCUUUGGAACCUCAGAAGUUCUUGCACAUCAAUGAAGACUGACUUGUCCGCUCUUAUCUACAAGUUGGACAACAACGAGACGAUCACCACCGACUUCUUAACCGAUAUCCGCACCAAGAUUACUCUGGCCCUUGAUCACAGCACCCAACUUCUCAACUUUUGUUCCAACCCAAAGUACAUGAGAUAUGUUGUUAGAUUCUAUAUUGAAUCAUUGUUCACCAACAUCUCCAUAUAUGGUCUCAUCAAUGCAUUCUGGUACCAGUUGAACUAUGAUGAGAUAUACAUUGCUGGAAGGAAGCCCAAUCGCAAGUCACCAAAGGGUGUAAAGUCCAACAAUGAGAAGUUGCAUGAUCUGAUCAUGGAGGGUCUUGCAUUGAUUGGAAACCAUGCCAAUCCUGAUGAUGGCUAUGAAGCAUUCGAGAAGAAUGCUCACCUCUUGCUUAAGAGUGAUGUGUUCAUGUACCCUGUGCCAUUUAUAAUGUAUCAACCAGGUGAUCAAGAGAACAAAGAGUUCCAGAGACCACUUCCAAAUGAGGGUGUUCCAGACAUGGUGAUUAAGCUGCCCGUCAAGCCCACAGCUUACAUCAUGCGAAUGGAUGCCGACAAUCUAUUCAACUACCUUGUCGAUGAAAGAUUGGAUAUGGCCGACCGUUCUGGUUGGACUGAGCCACUCACAGGUUGCGCUGGCAAGGCCUUUAUGUGGGUGGAGACAAGAGGAUACGUGAUCAAGUUGGACGAGCCAAGGAACAUCACCAUCAGAUUCUAUGGCCACUAUCGCAGCCACAUCAAGCAUUUGAGAUUUGAGGGCAGUGAUGGUUCGGGCCAGCCGUUCAAAGAGACGCUUGACCCCACCAAGUACCAGUAUGGAGCAUGUCGACCACCUGGCCAUAGACUCAACAAUAAUGCUUUCAAAGCAGGAUUUGCAGUGUCCAAGCAGUUCAAACAAGUCAAAGAGAUGAAAUUCCGUUUUAGUACAACUUCCUUGUUCAAUCACUUGUUGUUCAUUGAGUUCAUGGUGACUCUGAACCCUGACCAGUACCCUGCCAUCGUUGAGACACAAAAAAAC